AUGAAGUCACAGCCCCUCUCGCUCGAGUCUCUUGUAGACUUUCAUCAGCCAUCCUUUUAUUAUUCUCUUGGGAUGAUCUUUUUCAACCCACUUUUCUGGAAUAUCGUCGCCCAGAACGAAUAUCACCACAAGCUCAUCUCAAAGCGCGUCAAAAACCCGCGUAUCGGAUGUUAUCUACUGGCCGCGACAAUUUUUUCGUUGGGCAUUAUUCGUGAUGCCUUGUAUACCAAGGCGCUGAAGGAUCAGCCUGCGAUGGAUCUCCUUCCUGCUCCUUUUGACAUUGUGGUUCCGGCCUUCCUUGCUGUAUUUGGCCAAAUUUUGGUUAUUUCUAGCACGUGGCAACUGGGUAUCACUGGGACAUUCCUCGGAGAUUACUUUGGUAUCCUGAUGGACGAGAAAGUCGAGUCUUUCCCAUUCAAUUAUUUCAACGACCCCAUGUACGUUGGAUCCACGCUCACCUUUGCUGCUGGGGCACUCUGGCACAAGCGACCGGCAGGACUCUUCUUGACGACCAUUGUCUGGAUCGUAUAUACUAUUGCUCUCCGAUACGAGAGUCCUUUCACGACCGAAAUCUAUGCCAAGCGUGAACGUGAGCGUGCUCUCAAGGCCCAAAAGGCGAAAUAG